UUUUGUGACACUUUCGUCACAGUUUGUUCCUAGCAUUCUAUUUUUCAAAACCAUUUAAGCUUGGUAUUUAUGAAAAGUACAACAUAAUUUAGAGAGAAAAAUAUUAUCUGGAACGGCUCUAAAAUGAAGGGAAUUAUACAGAAAUUUUAAACGUUUGAAAGUUUUGUGCGGAAUCUGCGACUGAGAGUGCAUCUGCGCCCUUCAUGGUUCUGAGACGGACACACGACGGUUCCGACUCACGCAGAGUGAAGCAUGGCGGCGGCCCAGGUGUCCGAGUCCGACCAGAUCAAGCAGUUCAAAGAGUUUCUAGGAACGUACAACAAGGUGACGGAGAACUGUUUCAUGGACUGCGUCAAAGAUUUCACCGGGAGAGACGUGAAGCCAGAGGAGUCCAGCUGCUCCGAGUCCUGCCUGCAGAAGUACCUGAAGAUGACCCAGAGGAUCUCCAUGCGCUUCCAGGAGUACCACAUUCAGCAGAACGAAGCUCUCGCUGCAAAAGCCGGACUGCUGGGCCCGCCUCGCUGAACUGCUCAUAGUCCCGUUCCAGCUGGGCCGCGGUCUCCAGAAGAAGGACUGAACUUGUUCUGUUGUAGUUUCAUCCUGAGCCAGAGCUCCAACACCUGACCGUACCCCCACACCAUGAAGGUCCUGCAGCUCCAGAGCAGAGUCCAAGAACCUGA